UGUUAAAUCUGCCCCGUUUGUGGGUUGGGUGUGGGUAAGAGCGAGGGCGAGUUGGCCAAAGUCAGGCAGGAGGUGAACUUGAAAUAGCUUUGGCCGUAGGGGCCAACACGGUAGUAGUAGCAGCAGGUGAUAAAGUUGAAGGCAACCGAGACUUUCAAUAAAUCGAUGCCUUCAAACUGAGGAUAUAGUUGCCAUGGCAAUUCAAAGUCCUUUGCGGGGCCAAACAUGUCAAAACCAUUGCAGUGAAGCUUAUAAACAAUUGCGGCGGAUGCCAGUAAAUCAGAAAAAAUGGGAAUGUUGCACAAUUUGGCCGAUUUGAUAAAGAUCAAAAAGGACAAAAUGACUAUUCUAGUCCUGGGCCUGAACAACAGUGGCAAGUCCACGAUAAUCAAUCACUUCAAGAAACCUGGUGACCAGUCGUCCAUUAUGGUGCCCACAGUGGGCUUUAUGGUGGAGCAGUUUUAUAGUAAGUUUCUUGUUCCAGUGCGAUGGCAUAUCCAAGGUGUUUCAUCCAUCAAUAUAUUUUAUUCUUGCACAGGCAUGGCAGGAGUUAGCAUAAAGGCUAUCGAUAUGUCGGGUGCCACACGCUACAGAAACCUUUGGGAGCAUCAGUUCAAGAACUGCCAGGGAAUAAUAUACGUCAUUGAUUCCAGCGAUCGCAUGAGAUUCGUUGUGGUCAAAGAUGAGUUGGACCUAGUGUUACAGCAUCCCCAUUUGUGCAAUCGAAUUGUGCCCAUUCUCUUUUAUGGCAACAAAUCGGACGCAGAGGAUUCCCUAUCCAGCGUCAAAAUAGCAGCAGCACUUAGUUUGGAGAAUAUCAAGGAGAAACCCUGGCACAUCUGCUCCAGCAAUGCCAUAUCCGGCGAGGGCCUCGGCGAAGGUGUCCAGUGGCUGGUCCAGCAAAUGCGUUUCGCUAUGCUAAGCAACAAAGACGCCAAAGCCAAGUCCAAGCACUCCAAAUGACUCUCGGGCCGUGAAAAGUUAAACUCAAGUUCUUGAGUUAAAUAAAAUCAUUAUUUUUAAACAAACAUUAUUGUCGUUUAGGAAAUUAACAGAAUUUUAUUUUUUUCUCGCCUACAGAGACAAUCAUCUUGAUUCGUUACAAAUUAACACAGGCAAAAAUUAGGCUUCUUUCAAGUUUGCUUUCUCCUUGUUAAAUUGAUAAUAAAGUAUAUAAAGUUAACCAAUAAUUUAGCAGUCUAGGAAGUUAGCCGCCAUCAAAAGUUCUAAUGCGAUCUCUGGUGCAAUUGGAAACUCGGGUAUUUCAGUGGAACUAUUGGUGUAGCGUACUUUGUAAGUGAAGUACAUGCAGACCUUUUGUAAGACGUGCGACCUGCAAAUAAAC